AUCAACUGGAUGAACCUUUGGCAAAUAUCAUCACAGCAUUGACUCACUUACAAAUCGCACAAAACUUAAUUUCUCUACUCUUGAGCUUCCACUUGAAGUGCAAAAAAUAAAAAUGUCAGUAGCUAUUCUACAGCAAAGUUUCUUAAUUAGUCCUCUUUCUUCAACAUACAAACCCAGAAAAUACUUCACUUUCUUCCCUGUACAUAGCACUAAAAUCUUGUGCAAGCACAGCCCAGAUGACCCACAAGACUCUUUGAGGAAAAGUGAAAAUAAAUUUGAAAAGUUAGCGUUAGUUGCAGUGGCAGCUGGGUUUUUGACACUGGGCUCAGUGGAUUCAGCAUCAGCUGCUAAGACUGGUGGUAGAAUUGGUGGUCAGGCUUUUCGACCGUCAGCUCCUCGCUCUUCCUCACCAAGGAUCAAUAAUUCAAGAACAAAUAUAUAUGUCAAUCCACCAGUUGCUCCUCCUCUAGUUGGUGGAUAUGGAUAUGGCUAUGGUAUUCCAUUCUAUGGUGGAUGGGGAUGGUCACCUUUCUCGUUCUUCGCACCAGGGCCUGGUGUUGCCGUUGGCAUUGGAGGUGGAUUCGAUACACUGGUGCUCUUCUUGGUUCUUGGUGCUGUUGCUUCUUUUCUUAGGAGGGUGCUUGGGAAAUCAAGAGAUGAAGAUGAGUACUAGUACAUGUUCAUCCCAAUAUAGUUUUAUACAAGUGACUGGCAGUGUCAUCUAGCCAUAGAGUAUAUAAUUAACCUUAUGUUCGUGCUUACCAAAAUUAAAAUUAUCUAUUAUUUGAAACUGUCCAAGUGAUAUUGGAACUCUACUUAUUUUACCAUAUGUUUAUAUGGUACAUGAAAAAAUGAAGUUGGAGAUUUAAAAUGAAACAA